AUUAAAUUGAUCUUUUUUCAUCUUUAUCAUUUUGAUUUCUUAACAGGGGAAUCUGGAACGUCCCUCAUAUAACUGACUGUUAUCUCAUCAAUGGAACCCUAUUGAAGGAGGGAUUAAGUGGAUUAAGUUUGCCCAGUGGAGAAAAUUUUGAAUCUAAUCUGAUUGAUUCUGAUACAAUUGAUGAGAUUAAGGUUAAAGGAGAUUCAUCUAAAGAUGAGGUCAAUGGAGUAACGGUCAAGAGGGAAACUCCUAAGGAUUAUUAUCCCUCUUAUAGAAAUGAAAAGGAUCCUUCCUUGGAUUCUGACAUGGCUUUUUCAGCUUCUCUCCGGUCAAGGGGAAUUUUCAUCUUCGUUAUCAAUAUCGAUGAUUAUGGUCAUCUGGUCAAUUCUGAGACCUUUGAGACAACUCAUGUUCACAAUGAUUUAUAUGAAAUUUACAAUAAUCAAUACGAAUGGACAGAGAAAUACAUUCAUCCCAAUUAUUCAGCAGUUCUUAAAGAUGAUUAUCAAAUUGACCAACCCUGUCCUGAUGUCUACUGGUUUCCAGUGGUCACUCCAGUAUUUUGUAUCAAUUUGAUUGAAGAGAUGGAAAAUUAUGGAAAAUGGUCCGACGGAUCAAAUUAUGAUCCUCGAUUAUCGGGUGGAUAUGAAAGUGUCCCAACCGUCGAUAUACACACAAGUCAAGUGGGCCUCGAACAACAAUGGCUCUACUUCCUCAGGGAAUUCAUCCGACCCGUUCAAGAGAAAGUGUUUAUCGGUUAUUUCCAUGAUCCACCCAAAGCAACCAUGAACUUUAUCGUCCGAUACAAGCCCACCGAACAAGCUUCCCUGAAGCCUCAUCAUGACACAUCCACUUACACAAUUAACAUUGCCCUUAAUCGACCUGGAAUUGAUUAUGAGGGAGGUGGUUGUCGAUUCGUUCGUUACAAUUGCUCAGCUGUUAAUCUGCGACAAGGAUGGACACUCAUGCAUCCUGGUAAACUGACCCACUACCAUGAAGGAUUAACAGUUACAAGUGGAACUCGUUACAUUAUGGUUUCUUUUGUUGAUCCAUAAUAACAAUCAGCUGAUUAGUUUGACAGGAUAAUCUUUCAACAGGAUUAGUUGGUCAAAUUCACUGGACAUAUUAACUCAAUUGCUUUUGCAUUACAAUUUUAUUAUUUUUAAAUUGAUUUGCUAAAUCAUUUCUGGUCAACAAUUUUCAUACAAAACAAUAUUUACAAUUACAAUUGUGUACAGUUUAAUUGUUAGGGUAUUUUGAUUUGAUAAUUUAACUGUUUUCUACUACAGUUAAUUGCAAACCAAACGUUAAAUUGAUUUUAAAAUGAAUUCAAAGUUACUGAAACAAUUAGAGUUAAUUAGCAUCUUUGAUAUUCAAUGAGAAUCAAAUCAAAUCUAAUUGAUGAUUUAAAUUGAUCAUAUCAUUUAUUCACUUUAAUUGUUUCGCUUAAUUAUCAAUAAUCAAUUGGAAAAAAAGUGAACAAUUUAAAUUGAAGAAGAAGAAAAAAAAUAAGAAAUGUUAAUCUAAUCAAUUUAAUCUUAAUUAUUAUUAUCAAACAUUUAAUUGAAUGACAAUUAAAAACAGUAUUUAUAUUCUUGUAUUUGUAGCUUAACAAUUAACUAAUGGUCAAUCCAUUGGAAAUUUGAUAUAAUCAACAAAUCAUAUCAAUGAUAAUAAAAUACAAUCAAUGUAAUAAAAGUAA